AUGAAUUGCCAUUUUUUCAUUGCAGGUAAAUGGUGGGGCUGCCGACAGACUCAACCAAUAGUUACCACCCAUGGAUUGUACGAUAAUGCCGGUUCAUUCGAUACUUUGUUGCCUCUAUUGAACAUUAAAAGUGUUCUGUGCUUGGAUUUACCUGGUCAUGGACUCAGUUCACAUUUCCCUAAAGGAUUAUCUGUACAAUUCCAUCAAUACUUGUUUACUCUGCGGUAUAUAUUUACCCAAUACUUUAAGUGGGAUAAAGUUAGUCUAAUGGGCCAUUCUUUUGGCAGCAGUGUGGUUUUUACCUAUGCUGGUAUUUACCCAGAACACAUUGAACGCAUGGUCAAUCUUGAUUGUUUUCGCAUUUGGACAGCUGGUGAUGUGAGUAAAUUUGUGGAAGAUUAUCGUGUUUCAACAGAAGAUUGUAACUAUGAUCUUGAAAAUGAGAAUGAUGGUCAAGGAUUUUCAUGGGAAGAAACUGUUUCGAAAUUAUUCGAAGGUCGGAGGCAAACUGGUUUGCCCAUUUCACGAAAGAGCUGCGAGAUUAUUGCCCAAAGAGGUGCAGUAAAAAUCGCUGAAAAUAAAUAUAGGUUCACUCAUGACAAGAGAUUGAAGUUUCGCACUGUCGGUAGAUGUACUGAUAAAAUGCUUUCUGAACUUGCUGAGAGGAUUUCAUUUGAUGUUUUGAACAUAGUUGCAAAAAAUGGAAUUACCAUUCAUUUUAGUAAGUCCGAUUUAAAUUUAUGGAGGGACCACUUGAAAAAAAUUGAUAAAGGUGGAAAUCUCAUAAAUGUCACAGUUGAUGGUGGUCAUCAUGUGCAUCUUGAAAAUCCUGAAGUUGUGGCCCCUUUAAUAAAUGAUUUCUUUAAAAGGUGA